AUGAUUAAUAAACCUGGGCCCAAAAUUGGUGAUACUUCAGAGGUUCAUGAUGCUGUUUCGGGGGAGAACAAGCCAACGCUUGAUCAUACUGAAGAACCUAAAGAAUCUCAAAGUAAUUUACCCAUAGAUAAAGUCGAAAGUGCUUCGCCUGUUGCUAACUUGGAUGACUUUCAUAUCAAACAAACAGGCGAUUCAUCCUCGUUAAACGGAGAUUUAUUGAGCGUGUCCAGUUGCAAAAAGGGUCGUCAGGGUUCCAUAGGGCCAGGUGCUAGCAGUCCACCCUUACGGCCAAGCUUCGAUAAUUACUCAUUUAGACAGAGUGUUGAGCUCUCUUCCGUAUUUGGUGGGGCUGCAAGAAAUGGAACCAAUAGAUCUAAUGUAUUGGAAGCGGAACUUGCCGCCUAUGGUCGGAAAGCUGAUAUCUCACCGCUCGGCUCAAAUUCUAUCUACGAGGUCGUUAUGAACACAAGGCUUAAGGGGUGGAUUAAGAAGCCUACUGUAGCGAAUAUACCACCAGUUAAUCUGAGCAAGAGUCCUUUGCCAAAUGACUGGAAGAAGGAUUUACGUGAAUACUCCGACGGCAUAAUAGAAGAGUUCAAGAUGUUUCAGAAUACAAAUAGUUUAACAAGCAUGAAUAAAUUUGAUCAGCUGAGAAAAAUUGAGGUGUAUGAUAAGUCGCCAAGCCCUCCAGAUAAUAUUACAGAGCAGGAACAUUCACCAGAGCAUUCGCUAGAGAGCUAUUCAGAGCGUAAAGGAUUAGAAGACAUUCCACCUAUUUAUUUCAGCGAAGACUUCCAAUUGGACAAUUCCAGAGUAUUUAGAAAGAUUAUAGAAGAUGUGGACGUACAAUUAACUGCGAUAAACUCAGCAUCUGCAGAAGAGAGAAACCAAGCAAACGAUGAGCUGCAGGACAAGCUCACUUACUACUUGGAUACUAUUGAGGGAGUUUUAGUUAUGGAUAUAUCGAAAUCAUCUCAUAAGUUCCUUAAUACUAUGGAGAAUGUUACAACUAUAAAACAGCUCUCUCAGCAGGCACUAGAUAAACUAGAUGAAUUGAGUAUGUCACUGAACUCCAAAACUCAAGCCAAGAUUGAAAGGCGAAAGGGUCUUUUGACGAAGAUCAUCACAAGGAGAAAUGUGGAAAGGCUUGAGCAAGGCCUUAUUCAGAUACAUGAGGUUCUUAAAAGAGUAGAUGAAUGCAAGGAACUCUUUAAAGUGGACGACUUAGACAACUGCAUACGUUUCAUCGAUUCUGUUGGAAAAUUGAUUUCAGGAACCAAUGACGAUGAAAAUGUAAAAAAAUGGACGGCCGGGUGGCCUCAUGAGCUGCUGGAUCUGAGCUCUGUACCAGCAUUGGGACGAUACCGAGGUGACCUGUCUAACAUGAUCAUCGAUGUUGGACAAAAGUACUGUAUGGCGUUAUGCGAUAUUUUAUUGGAUGACUUACGACAAUACAAUGCUCCGACAACACAAGGCAAUGAUUUAGGAGUCAUAAACUACAGGAACAUUGACCCUGAGUUUCGUAACUCCAUUGUAACCAUGAUAAGAAAGUUAGUUAGCUACAAGGAGCUGACUAAUGCAUUUAAACUCUAUGAGCAGAAGUUCAUCACUGAACUAAAAAAUAUAAUAAAAGCACAAUUGCCGAAGCAAUUGACAAUUAAUGAAAAAAACGGCAAUGAACAAGACACUAGUGUUGAAUCGAUAAGGCCACCAGCAGCAGAGACCAAACCAACUGGUGGUGGUGGCGGUGGCUCGAAGCUUUCGCGACUAAUAAAGGAGCAAACCCCUAUGGAAUUUCAAGACAUGUUAAUGAAGAUCUUUACUGCGGAAAGUAGAACACUACGGAGACUUUCCACCCAUCAAAAAUUAUUGCUUGAUGUAGCUCUUAGUGAAAUACCAAGCGAAGAGAGUGACCACGACAUGAUUGUGCAAUUGGAUUUGAGACGCGGAAUUAAUGAAGGCAUAAAAAUAGUUCAGCUCAGGAUGGGCAAGAUUAUUGCUGUUAGACGGGAGUUAACGAGCCUAUUACGCUUUGACCAUUUUUUGCACUUCUACAGUGCAUGCUCCUCUUUUCUAAAGGAGUGCGAGUCACUCACAGGUGACUUUUUAACCAAGUAUAUGACAGACGUUAUUUCAGCACAAGUUAAAAACUAUAUUACUGUUACUACAUCUUCUAACGUCAAACUUUUACAGGAACGAAUUGAUAUCGAACAAUGGGUUCCAUGCAUUGUAGACCAUGAUCUACAGAGGGACGUCAAUGAUAUAGUGAACAGUAUGGAAAUCGACCCUCUUAACUGGACCGCCAUCAUGGAUUUAGAAUCAAAAUCUAGCGAGUCACGAGACACAAAUUCCUCGUCAUCAACCGGAGAUGAUAAGAUUGCAGGGCGCAAGAAAUCGGUUGUAAUGAGGAACAAGACAUUUGUCGCUAGCAGUGCCCUUAUAAUGACUAUCAAAAUGCUUAAGUCGCUUCUGGUUUUAUCACUAAACCUACCUCCAUACCUUUCAAAUUUCGAAAACACAAUCUUUGAUCUUCUUGUACAGUUUAACAACCGUUCAAUUGCCUCUGUCUCCUUGAAUCCCGACAAAAAAAGUGUUAAUAGCCAUGGAAAGAACCUGAGCAUAAUGGGAGAAUCUCUCGAUUGCUUAGCAGAACUUAUAACUGUUAUACAAGGAUUCUACCAAAGAAUGGAUAUGCAGUAUAAAGAUUUCCAAUGUUUACCCGCACAAAACUACACACAUCUUUUACAUCAGUUUAGAGCAUCCUCAGACAAGCUAUACCAAGCGCAUGCUCCACCACCUCCAAGUUGA